CAGUGGUUUGGCAGUGCUUUCGAUUGCUAUGAAGUUUAUAACAUGGUUACCGUCGUUUUUUUUUCCACUGACAUUAGCGUUGAAAAUAAUCGACGUACUCGUGCCAAGGUACGCGGAUUUAAAACAGUCGGUAAUACUUGGAUGCAAUUUUGACGUAGGCCAUGGUAAACUAUACUCUGUUAAGUGGUACAAGGAUGAUCACGAAUUCUACAGGUUCAUUCCAGAGGAUCGACCAACCAUCCAAGUUUUUCAUCUUCCUGGUAUUAUAUUGGAUUUAUCUCAUUGUAACAUGCGAAAAAUCACACUAAGUAAUCUCACGUUGCAAACUAGUGGUAUAUAUCGAUGUGAAGUCUCGACGGAUGGACCAAAAUUUGAAAUGGUUUUUAAGUCCGCAAACAUGAAUGUAUUAGAAUAUCCGGAAGGGAACCCUUUGAUAGAGGGUGUGCUUAAUCGUUACGCGGUUGGCGAUCUCUUGUCGGGAAAUUGCACUUCCUCCAAAUCUUAUCCGCAGCCGCUGAUGACGUGGUACGUCAAUGGCGUUCAGGCGAACAAUAAUCAAAUGGAGAAUUAUCCUGUGUUGGUCAAUCCUGAAGGCCCUUUAUAUUCAAAAGCGGUAGGCAUUCGAUUUAAGGUGGAGAAAGAUCAUUUUCAAGGACCCAAUGAAGAGCUGGAUUUAACUUGCGAAGCAAGCCUCAUACAAGAACAAUUGAAAUGGCGAAAAAUGAUAGUUAUUCAAUCACUCACACAAUCAUAUACAGAAAAUAUGUUCCUUGAGAAGUACAGAAAUAACAUAAAUACAAUAAAUCCUGGGAAACAUAUAUCGACUCUGGUAGCUCUUUUUGUAGCAUCAUUCACACAUAUGAUAGUACACGAGACGUGACAGAACCCCGUUAAUUGUAUUUUAUGUACAGAUAUGUAAAUUAACACUUUUUCAUAAUAAACUCACAAAAUUGAAGCAUUUAUUUUUUUCUUUGCAUCAAAAUCUUUUAAACAUUCAUACAAUAAUUACAUAUAGAUUACCUAUUAGAAGAAAAUGUGCGACAAAAAACUGGAUAAAACCUUUAUUGCGUAGAUAGGUAGAUUAUAGUUAGGUACAUGCAAAUAUAAUAGGUACCUAUGAUAUUAAUUAAGAAUUUAUGUUUUCCACCUUGUAGUUCACCGAUUUCAAUUCGUAUUUCUUCUUUUAUUUUUUAUUUUUCACACCAACUCAAUGUAUGAAAAUGGUUUCAAUAAAAUCUACCAUCAUGAAAAUAGUUUUAUGACAAUUAAUCAAUUUAAAUACAUUUAUUAAUGCCUAUACAAUUUAAAAAAGCCAAAAUACGAACUAAAAUAUUAAUUCAACAUUUAAAGGAUGAAUUACAAUUAUGUAUGUAAUAUGUAUGUAUUAUUUGUUUGUACUUUAUAUUACAAGAAUACAUUUUAAUUUUAAAGUUGUGGCGCCGACGAACAUUUUAGAAAACGUUUCCCAUUUUUGACGCAAUUGAAAACACUGUAAACAAAUUUUUGUUUUUUUGUUAUUUGCAAGAGAAUAAACCCCUUUUUAAUUUGUUUUUUUGUAUUCUAACUCAAGCUGUAACUUCCUCUCACCAUCCUGUCAUUUACAUUUUCUCAUUUAUAACCAUCGUUGGCCACCGAAUGCUAAAAUUCGGUCGAGAAGACAAAAACAACAGGACAAAUCGCAUUAAAAACAUUUCUAACGAGCUACCGAGAAUAUACCGAGCUAAAGGAUGUGGAGGAGAGGAACAUUCCUCUGGAUCGGCUCAAACUCGAUAGCGACCGCAAUAACUUUAUUUAAUUAUAUUAUAUAGACGAGUUUUAUACACUUGGUUCGUCAUAUAUCUUUGUAAACACUGAAUACUAUGUAAAUUGUUUGAAAAAUACAAAUUUCAUUUGGAGUAGGUAGGUAACAUUGUAAUAGUAAAUACCGAAAUAUUCCUGAUUAAAAUUUAUCAAGAAAAGUGUUCAACAAUGGCGGAUAAAAAUAA